AUGGAAGUCGCUCUCAAAACCUUCUUCACCUCUCCACGCUUCGCCGUCGCGGGCGCAAGCUCCGAUCCCGCAAAGUUCGGCCACAAAGUAUUCGUAUGGUACCUCCAGCACUCCCUCCCCGUCACCCCGAUCAACCCGGGCUCGUCCAGCAUCACCGCCCUCAGCAAGCCCCACACCACCGCAUCCUCGCCCAAAGCGCUCCCUUCUCCAUCCGAGACGGCGCUUUCCGUGAUAACCCCGCCGCCGGUGACGCUGAAGCUCCUGCGCGAGGCGAAAGAGGUCGGCGUCCGGGCCGUCUGGCUGCAGCCGGGCACGUUCGACGACAAGGUGCUGGAGUUUGCAGAAGAGGCGUGGCCCGGCGCCGUGAUUGCGGGCGAUAAGUGGGGCAGGAAUGGCGGUCAUGGGGAAGGUUGGUGCGUGUUGGUCGAUGGCGAGGAGGCGCUGAAGAUUGCCGGGAGGGAAUGGUCCAGGCUGUGA